AACAUCGUUCGGAUAAUGAGUGUAAUGAACUGGGAUUCGUCAAUUGCGUCUAUAUUUAUUACGACAAUUUGUUAUUUUUAAUAUACAUUUUGCCUGAAAACUGAGGCGUGAUGCCGCCAUAUUUAUGAUCGGAUUUUCAAAUCGGAGCAAAGUUUGAAAUUCAACAAUCACGAAUUUCUAUAAUCUCAUUUUCAAAGUUUUCGAAUUCGAUCAUGCGAAAAAAAAUGCUUUAUCAUUAAAAUCUAAUUGCUUUUAAUUCGAUUUAGUCUUGAAUGUGCAUUUUGUAACGUGGCAAAAACAAAGAAUCGAUAUAGUAAUGUUCAAUGAGUCACGUCAUCAGGCUCAUUGCGACGAAAGUAUAAAUAUCUAUAUCGCUAUGGAAACGGGAAACUAUUUUGUUGAUAUGAAUACCAAGCAAAUGUGAAUUCUAAGGUUAAAUUUUACAUCAGACCAUCCCACAUUUUGAACUAGAUGAUACGUGAAUUUUGAAUGCUAAAAUUAUUCACAACGCAGUAUAAAUUAUGAAGACUGAAGACAAACCGAUAAUAUUGCAAGAAUCCGCAGAACCUGGGGUGAUAGACCAAAAAAUGCUCGUGGCUUUAAUAAUUGACCAAGGGCCAAAAAAGGAAGCUGGAAGAUUGUUUGUAGAGGAUGGGAUAAACCUGGAAGAAGUGACAGAAAUUCGAAUCGAAUUUCUUAAUAUUUUAAAUAUAGACCACCUAUGGUUAAUGCCAAACUUGGUGAAAUUAAAACUGAGCAACAACAAAAUUGAAAGGAUUGUUAACUUGGAUGUCCUGAUUAAUUUAAAAGAGCUUGAUCUGUCGUUCAACCAUAUCGAAACUAUGGAGAAUUUGAACCAUUUGAAAUGUUUGGAAAUUUUAUUGCUGUAUGAGAAUCAAAUUAGUCUUAUUCAGGGAAUCGACGAUUUGAAUGAACUUACAAUUUUCAGUAUUGGAAAUAACAAUAUUGCCGAUUGGCAUCAUGUCAUGUAUUUACGGAAAUUCAAAAAAUUACGGAGUUUAAAUGUCUCUGGAAAUUCGUGCAUGGAAAAAGAAGGAUAUUUGAACUAUUUGAUUGCCUUUAUACCACAAUUAAUCUAUCUUCAGUACAAAAUGAUAACGGACCGAGAACGCCAGGCUGCCGCUGAUGAACAUUAUCGAAUCAUUAGUAAUUUGUUGGAAGAAGAAGCUAAAGAACAAGAAAAGUUGGACAAGCAAGCAGCAUUUGAGGAAAAUGUUGCAUUAUUAUCCAUAUCUUACGUGGAAUAUCUCGAUGACGACUACUUGUUCAAUAAAAUGUUUGAAAAAGACAAGGAAGGUAACGACUUCUUAACACUCAGCGAAGAUGCACGAUCUGCAUAUGCGGAGUAUAAAGUAAAGUUCAUGGAACUUUGCAAAGAUUUGUAUGAACUGGGGCUAGCUGAACAAAUCCGAAGGUCCAACGAAAUAAAAAUGUUUGAAGAUUUAGUCACUAAAGGUGAAGACGACAUUCAGAAAGAUUCCCAAAUGAUGAUGGAUGAAAUAAUGGAUAGAAAGGCUGAAAUCUUAGCAGACGUAAAAGCACUUAUGCAAUCAAUGACUGAAGAGUUGGAGACUGAAGUUCUCGAAGAAAAAUUAGACAAAGCUCGUCAGCUGUCCGAAGAAUUCAGUGACUUGGUGGCUAGAACCUGGACAAAGCUCAUGCACAAGGAAGUGAUUCUUCAUGACCAAAUGGAAGAUAUAAACGAAGUGUUCAAACAGCAUAUGACAGAUAUGGUUGGAUCGUUCUUAGAAGCAGCCCAGAAUAUAUUCUCAUUAAUGAGAAAUCUGGAAGCCGAAUAUACCGACAACAUUGCUGGAAUAGCUAGUGUUGUUAUGAAUACAAGUCAGGCUACGGAAGAUAGUAAAAUGUCACCUAGUGUAACGGAUAUAAUCGGUGAUAAGGACAUUUUGAAUAACAAUUUGGCAGCAUCCCAUGAUCUACAUCUACAGAUCAUCGAUGGGCGUGAAGAUCGUCUAACAAGUCGACUUAAUGGUUGGCUUGAAGAGAAGAUUGAAAAAUUGGCAGAGAAUGAAAGUAACCGGAACCGUCAGAAGAUACUAGAAAUUUCUCAUUUUCUUGAGUGUCAGCGGGAAGAAUUUGAUGCACUACAAUUACAGCAGCCGUUAUACGUGAACACUGACGAUCCAGAUAUUGCUGCAGUACUUGAGCAAUAAAACAUAAAGCAACUGAUUUCUUGUAAAGCCAGUUUGUUUCAUAAUACUGUGAACACAAUGAAUUAAAUGUAUA